GUCACUAUAAAUUUUCAGAAAACCUAUGAAUUGAUCUAAAAUUUUGCAGGUAGCCUUUUAAUAAUGAUAGGAAUCUACAAUAACAAAUUCAACAUGCUAGAAUUGUUUAAGUGUAUAGUCUACACAUCCUUAGUAGCGGCGUACGAAUGACAGAAUACGCGCGCGUGACAGAACACUAUCUUUCCGUAACUAUCACAGAACAAAGUCUCUUCAAUUGAUAAAUAACUGCCUAUCAAACUUUUAUGACGCACUUAAAUCUAUACUAUAAAUAGAAUGUGUAUGAAGUAUAAUACUUCUUGUUAUUACAGUUGCGGCUACUAUUUAUUUUAGAUGUUUCGUAGCGCGUAACAACAAAAUUUCAUUUUUUAUUUAUCAUUCUAACUGUUUUACCGGCAUACUGCGUAGUAGACGUUAAUCAUGAUAAAUAUCAGGCGAUUGAAAGUCGGAAAUCAAAUGUUGUUUUACACAUUCUGAACAGCAAGCAACGUUUCGUUCAAUGUAGCGUUAAAUAACGUAACCGUCGCUAAGAAAUAUAUCUAUAGCCUCUCACAAUCUUUAUGCUACAUAACUUCUUACGGCAUGUCUACUAUACAUAUGUAUGUACGCGUUUACCAUUAAAUUCCAUCAACCUUAGUUCAGCAGCUAUCAAGCAAAUUUAAUAGAUGCAUAUUUAACAAUUCUUUUGUCGCAUUAAACUUUUAUUUCCUAUCAAAAUAGAUUAAGAAAUAUCUAACACUGACUGAAAGGUUAAAAGGUGAGAAAAUAUUGAUCAUGAAACACUUUCAUAAUUGACGACAUUAAUUUUUGGGUCGAUAUUAGUCGGCUGUUUUCGCAUUAAAUCAUGAUGAAAAAAUAUUAAAAAAAAUUGUGAGCCACGGUAAUACAUGUAGACAUAUAAUAGAUACGGAGCUGAAAUCAACUGAUGAGAGCCACUUCUGCUGGCGUGACGGUAAUACGUAGUAUUUCCAACCAUAUGUAAGCAUUGCAGUUGAUAAGUAUGACUUAGUUCUCUCAACGAAUACGUACAGUGAACAUCGUGUCAAAAGAAACUCGUUAGCAAACAGUUCGAACCAUGAUAGUGUACCUGUCCAUUAUUUUCUCGACGGCGGCAAUAAUUAUUGCCCUUUGCUACUACUUUGGGAAAAAACCAGUUCUUUUCGAGAAACAUGGAAUACCACAUUUUCCGCCAACGCCAGUGUUUGGAAAUAUGGGUUCUCUUAUUUUUCAUCGACAGGACAUGCAUCAGUUGUUGCAAAAACCAUAUGAUACUUUCUCAGAAGCGAAGUACUUCGGUUUCUACGAAUUCUCCACACCAUUAAUAGUGCUUCGCGACAUGGAGUUAAUCAAGACCGUGACUACGAAGAGUUUCGAGUAUUUUCAAGAUCAUCGUCCGUUUGUGGACAGCGAAACAGAUCCGCUGUUCGGUGGUAAUCUGUUCUCCCUGAAAGGUGAUCAAUGGAAGGAUGAGAGAAGCAUGCUGUCCCCCAUGUUCACGUCCAGCAAGAUCAAGAACAUGUUCGAACUGAUGACAGCAUGCGCAAUACGUUUCACGGACUCGUUGUCGAAAUUGGUGGAAAAAGAGCCAGAAAUUGAGUUGAAAAACGUGCUGACGUUGUAUACGAACGACGUGAUAGCCAGCUGCGUAUACGGUAUCAAUAUGGACACUAUGAACGAUCCCAAGAACAUACUGUACGUCUACGGUAAAAGCGCUACCACGUUUACCGGUUUCAGACAGACAUUGGUGAUGUUGCUGCACAGAAACGCGCCCAAGGUUGCACGCCUGUUUAAGAUAAGCUUCAUAAGAUCGCACAUUACGAAGUUCUUCAUGAAUAUAGUCGCCGACACAGUGAAAGAGAGAGAGAAAAAUUGUAUCUACAGGCCGGACAUGAUCCAGUUGAUGAUGGACGCGAAUAAUAAGAAGGAAAGCGGGAGAAGUUUCACACUGGACAGCAUGGCCUACCACGCUUUCAGCUUCUUCUUCGGCGGCCUUGACAGCGUGUCCUCGCAGGUCGCUUUCGUGGUUCAUCUAAUGGUCGAGUAUCCAGAUAUUCAAGCGCGACUGCGGAAGGAAAUAGACGAAGGACUGGAGAGGACCAACGGCCGCGUGACGUACGAAGUGAUACACGGAAUGAAGUAUUUGGAUGCUGUGAUCUGUGAAACAAUGAGGCUCUACCCAUUGGUCUCGUUUCUGGACAGAGUGUGUAUAAAGAAAUUCGAGCUUCCACCAGCAUUACCUGGUGGUAAACCCUUCACGAUGGAACCGGGAAUGAAUCUUUGGGUUCCGGUUAUGCCUAUCCACAAGGAUCCUAAUUAUUAUGAAAAUCCAAACAAGUUCGAUCCGGACAGAUUUAUGGAGGAUGGAAAGAAGCUCUUUAACUCGUAUAUAUAUUUGCCGUUCGGCGUCGGGCCUAGAAUAUGUAUCGGUUCACGGUUCGCAAUGAUAAAAAUGAAAGUACUGCUCUGUUAUCUUUUCGCCAGAUUCGAUGUGAAAGCAGGAGCGAAAACGAAUAUUCCGAUGCAAUUGAAGAAAGGUUUCACGGCCGUAAUGCCUAAAAACGGGUUCUGGGUAAAGUUAGAGCCCAGAAAAGAUCCUCAUCCCUCUCUGGCUAAUGGGUUAUGUUGUUAGGGAAAAAUUGUUUUGUGUAACGAUGUGCGGUAAUUUGGCGAUUGUAAAACGAAUAUGAUGUUGACAGUGUGAACGUCGUACUGUUAACACAUGAGCAAGGGCAAAGCCGUCUAAUGCAAGUAGCAUGGACACUAACGUAAAUGAGUACGCGCUUAUUUCUAUUUUUAAACUCAUCCAGAAUUACGGUUACCAUUAAAAGCACGAUAGAUAUGAAUUUUCCUCGUAUGUUAUGGAAAGAAAUUUAUCAGAGUGGGAAGUCAGACCAGAAUUUUCUGACUCUUUGCAUUUUUCAGUAUUUGUUCUCAUUAACUAUGUAUCUCAGCAUUCUCAGUAUUUGUUCUCAUUAACUAUGUAUGUGAAUGUAUGACUCAGUAGAUUUUUAUAAGUAUGUCUACGAUAGUUGAUUGUAUAUUUCAUUGUCUCAAAAUAUAAAAAAAUAAAUAUGCAUUAUUACAGA